UACUCAUAUUAACACAAUAAAAUGUUGACCCAUUGUUCUGAAACUUUUUGACAGACGACAGUUUUAGUUUGGAGAAAAAAAACACCUUCGUUUCAUUGAUUUGGAGUGGGCGCGCGCCGCCACAGAUGCACAAAAACAUCUGUCAGAAUCGGACAUUAUACACAUUUUCAAAUUUCAGUUGAUGUCAGCUCUCGUGGAGUCCUCUGUUGCGUCGCCUGUCACUGUAUAUAUAAAGUUUAAAUGUAGCACCUUUUGCGCAGCGGCCGCACGACUGGAGCCUCUCCAUAGUGUGCACAAAGGCUGCUGGCGAGGGAACUGCCGAGCGAGAACUCGGCACUGAGAGGCGUAAUAAACAAUCCCCAGCUAGCCCGAGAGGACGCACAGUCGAAGUAGCUCACCGGCCGAAACGCUUUUGUGUGUGUGUGUGCUGCCUGGUCGGGCAGAUGGAGAUGGAGAGGGAGAUGGAGAUCGAGAAGGAGGGACCUAUGGAGGAGCCCACAGCCCAGGAUCAGCAGCAGGAGCAGCAGCAGCAGCAGGAGCAGCAGCAGGAGGAGGAGGAGGAGCAGCAGGAGGAGAUGCUGUCCACCACCACCACCACCACCACUACCAGUACCACCUGCACCACCAGUAACACCACCACAUGUGACAAGGGAUGCCAGACAGAGGACAUCUGCAACGGCACAGCAGAACACCACACCACUGCUGCCGGCACAGACCACGCACAAGAAUGCUGUGUUGAACCAGGAGACCCUCCUCUGCUGCAGAAGCAGAUUCAGACCUCCAAGUCCGGUAUCCAGCAGAUCAUCGAGUGUUUCCGAUCAGGCACUACACAGCUUCGCCACAUCCUGCUGAAGGAGGUAGACACCAUCUUCGAGUGUAAGCUGUGCCGCAGCCUGUUCCGGGGCCUGCCCAACCUCAUCACACACAAGGAGUACUACUGCCUACCGCGCCUGCCUGAUCCCGACGGUCCUCAGAGAGACUCCAAGCAGAGUGUGGCCUUCAAGGAGCUACUGGACGCCAUCUACCCUCCCAAGGAGCCCCACGUCGUUCUCCUGGAGCCCAUCUCCUCCAAUCCCAACGCUGUGUUCCAGCACGUCACCCGAGAAGACCAGCAACGCGCCAACAGCCAGCCUCCCUCCACCACGCCGCACGAGACGCGCAAGGAGAAGGAGAGAGAAACGAAGAGCAGACGAGCGGAGGAGAAGGAGAGGGAGAGGGAGGCGAGGAGCCGGAGAGAACAAGAGGCGAAACUCGCGGCUGCUGCAGCAGCUGCCGCCGCCGCCGCCGCCCAGGCCGAAAAGUCCACCGAGGUCAACGUGGAGGGUGACCUUGAGAACCAGGAGGAGAUGGAGGAGGACGAGGAGGAGGAGGAGAUGAAGAGCAGAGGCGAGGAAGGAGCAGGGGAGGUGGACGAGGACGAGUUGGAGGAAUCUCGGAACACAGAAGACGGCGAGGAAGAGGAAGAAGACGAGGAGGUGGAGGGCGAGGAAGAAGAGGAGGAGGAGGAGGAAGAGGAGGAUGAAGGAGAGGAGUGCACGGAGGACGAGGCGGAGGAGGCGGGGGAGCAGCGGGAAGAGGACAGCCCGGGGAAAGAGUCGGCCGACGACGUCGACGAAGGUGCGGGCGGCGACGGCUACGUGCCCGGCGUGGCCAUCACCUGCUGCAUGUGCGGCAAGGACUUCAACUCUCGCCAGAGCAUCCGCCGCCACUGCCGCAAGAUGCACCAGCCCUGGCUGGAGGAGCUGCGCAAGUUCACCAAGCUGCGCACCGUGCCCAUCAGCCUGCUCUCCAUGGUCAAGCCCGCGCCCUCCGUGCCCCCCGGCGGCGGGGCCAACGGGGCCGGCGCCAGUGCCGGCACCCCAGGCUCGCCCGUCAAGACCCCUCACGGCAAGAGCUGCCCCGUCUGCUUCAAGUCCUUCGCCACCAAGGCCAACGUCCGGAGGCACUUUGACGAGGUGCACAGAGGGCUGCGGAGAGAGCUCAUCACGCCUGACAUCGCCACCAAACCCGGGGAGCCCUUGUCGCUGGACACCAAGCCCAGCCCGGCGGCGAGCGCGACACCGGGGACGCCGGCCCCUUACAACAUGGCGGCGGGCAAGUGUCUGAUCUGCAAGAGGAAAUACAGCAGCCAGACCCGGCUGAGGAGGCACCUGCGCAUCGUGCACAAGAUCCGAUCCAAGCACAUUUCCACCACCGCCGCCACCACCCCCGUCAGCCUGCCACCCCAGACGCCCAACUCCUCGGCAGCCCAGCAGACGCCUCUGUCUGCGGGGAAGAAGGCGGUCAAGCGCCCCGCCUCUCCCCCACCACCGCCGGAGUCCCACAAGCGCGGCAGGCCCAAGAAGCACAAGCGCGACGACCCCAAGAAAGCGGCCAAGGAGGAAGAGGAGGAGGAGGACGACGGGGGGAGUGACGGGAACGGUGGACAGACUGGCAUCAGCGGAAGCCCCAACACGUUGCGUCGCCCGCCCAAGCUGACCCUGGGCUUCGACUUCAAGCUGCUCUACUGCAAGCUGUGCAAGCGACAGUUCAGCUCGCGGCAGAACCUGGACAAGCACAUCGAGCUGCACACGGACAACGACAACGAGAUCUUCAUCAAGUUCUACCGCUGCCCGCUCUGCAGCUACGAGACGCGGCGCAAGCGCGACGUGCUGCGCCACAUCACGGUAGUGCACAAGAAGCCCUCCGCCUACCUCAGCAAGAUCAUGGCCACCAUCGAGAGCCGCGCCGUCAAGAAGCCCGCCGAGGUGGUGCUGAAGAGCAACGCGGUCGGCAACACCGGCGGCAACGGCAAACGCAACCAGACGCUGUUGUCGUCGUCGUUGUCGUCGUCGAACUCGUCAUCCACAUCGCAGCACAUCAAGGAGGAAAUAAACGGCCGGCACGAGCCAACUUCCACUGGCGCCACGACAACGGGCACCUCGGGUCAGCACGGCAUGCGCAAGCACAACUCGGCGGACGGCACGCCCACCAACACCACAACCAACAACGCCUCCUCGUCCAGCAGCAGCUCCACCCACUCGGCACCCUCCACCCCGGUCACGCGUCGGCACGAGUACCCGCCCCCCUCGCCGCCCGUCACGCGCAAGCACGCCCUGGCCAUCUUCCACUCCACUUCGCCCAUCACCCGCAAGUCCGACUACCAUCACACGCGCAAACAAGAGACGCCCCAAUCGCUGAAGCAAGAAUCCAAUGAUUCGUCGUCGUCGUCGUCGUCGACCACGUCACACAGCACGGAGGUGCGGGUCACCAAGAACUUCUCGCUGCACGCGUGCGACAUGUGCGGCCGUGCCUUCGCCAAGAAGCUCUACCUGGAGACGCACAAGCGGAGUCACCGCAACGCGCAAGCUGCUGCGGCCGCCGCCGCCGCCGGCUCAGAUGAGCAUCACCGGUCGCAAGGGGUCAGCACUCGCUCCAAGGCCAUGUUGUGGUAGGAUCUCUUCAAAAGGACGCAUCUCAUGAUCUCACACUGGAUGCCUCAAUGUCACGCCAGACGUGAAGAGGAGAAGACGGGGAGAAGGGGAGCUUUGAAAAAGCUGCCAGCUAUCGGACGUUAGAAAGUGCUGGCGCCACUGUGCUGUAAAUAGAACGAAGGAGACACAAAAAAGGAGAGGAAGGGGGGAACGCCUUUGUUGAUGUUUAUGUGCAGAAAAAAGAGAGAGAGGGGGGGACCGUCUUCUCAGCUUUUCCCGGAUUUCAGAAGAAGUCUGUACCCCCCCAGCCAGCCAACACUCUCCUACCCCCCGAGUUUGGUUCCCUUUUCUCUUGUUUUGUUUUGUUUGUUUGCUUGUUUACUGAUGUUCCACAGGACUUUACAUCUCAAAAGUCCCACUAGUACUACUACAUGUACCACCCAGUUUGAAUGUUCGUUAAAGCGUCUGUAUGAAGCCAGACGCUGUUUUUUUGCCAGUUCUUCUUUCCGACUACUCCAUACCUCAGAUAACACAGGCCUACACAUCCUUCUCUCUCCUGUUCCAUGCCAGCUACCCACCAACACCCCUCCCCAUUCCCCACCCCUUUCCCCCCUCUCCCCCCUCAGCAUAUUAGGACUCUGUGAGUCAGCAAAGGCUGUUGCUUUCUUCUGUUCACUUGUCUGUGUGUUUUAUAAUGUCUAGGACCACAGUCAGUCAAGUCAGUCAUCUUUUUUGUCUUCAGUUGUUAUUGAGUUGUUGGUUUUUUUCCUUCUUCUGUGAAUUAACUUGAAAUUCAUUCCACAAUCGGCCAGCCAUAUCAGAAGCCAUCAUCACGCCUUGUGCCUUCCCUUUCUCAACUCUUCUACUGUACACGCCCACUUGAGGUAUGAGUCAGUCUUUGUCCUCCCGUCCUUUCCUGUGGACUCAUCUGUGAGCGAAGUCUGUAUUUAAUAUCUCACAAACACAUAGGUCAAAGGUCUACUUUUAUUUUGAAAAUUGGUGUGUUGAAUGAGGUAAAGCCCCCUAAGCUCUAUGUUGGUUGACAGUUGGGAAACUUUAUUGCCUUCUCCACCAAGGUAAGAGGCUAGAAGGCUCAAGAAAGGAUGGGAGGCCAAAGGUUGACGUGCACCCUUGGUAUCGUAUAUUGGACUGCAGAUUCAUCUGUAAUGUCACAUAUUCCUCCACUUGAGGGCAGCAGAGUGCAAAUGAAGUCCAUGGGAGAGGUUCCUCUCACACCCAACGUGUUGACCAAGCCUUGAUACAUGAUGUCAAAGGUUCAGAUCAUGAUGAUGCAAUGGGCAAAGCAUGUGACGAAGCAUGUUUCAGUGGCUGUUAUGCUAAAAGGAAGGUUUCUGUCUAGGCCAUCUGGCCUCUUCUGUCAUCAUGCAACUUAAAGUGGCCUCGUUCAGUAUAUUGAGGCUUUGGCGUCAAUUUACCUUUGGCGUCAUAUAUCAGAGCCUUGGGUGUGAGACUGGGUUGGAAAUAGAGGAAGAGGGACAUUGCUGGAUGGGGUUGCUGAUCUUGGCACAGUUUUGCCGUCACAGAUGUACUUCAUUCUUUCCAGUACUUUUUUUUGCUCAGCUGUGAGCAUGCGCAAGUACCAGAAAACAAAAAUCCUGUUUUAUAGGAUCGACCAGGAGGAAACACAUGUCUUUCUUUCAUUAAUUUCAAAACAUUGACUACUUUAAGAUAUUGAAAGGUUUUUGUUUUCUUUACUUUUUCGUAUUGACCUCAACUGCCGACCAGGAGCAAAUCUCUUAUUUCCUUUAAAUCCAAAACAUUGGCUACUUCCUGAUAUUGGAAAGUUUUAGUUCCUUUUUUAUGUAUAUGACAUCAAAGAUGAUUAACUGGGAGCACAUUUCUGUUCUUUUUACUUUAAUCAAAUCCAAAACAUUGUCAUUUGACUACUUCCAGAUACUGGAAAGGUUUUUUGUUUUGCUUUUUUGUGUUUUCUUUGAUGUUCAUCAUUUCAACAUUACUGACCAGGAGUAAAUCUCUGUUUUUUGUACUUUCGGUAAUUCAAAACAUUGACUUCUUUAAGAUUCUGUGAAGAUUUUUUCAAGAUUUUUUCUUUCAAAAAGUGAGCAUGAGCUGAUAUCAUCAGAGAGGUGGGUUGUUCAUCUGCUAAAGGGUAGGGGUCGUAGACCAAGGUCAUGAGGAGAGAUUAUUACACGUGUGUAUAGUUAACAGAAGUAACACAUGCAUAGGUUCUACUGACAAGUCAACAAUUCAUCUUCUGCUUCCAGUGUUGGACAGAGUAUUUUAGUUGUAUUUCUGACAGGAAGUUUUAUGUUAUCAAUUAAUUUGAUUUAUUAGUUUUGGCUAAUCGUUUGCCUUCCAUCCAACACGGCCACUUUCAGCAGGUAGGCUACACGUACAGUAGGUGAUUCCCAUGUUUUCAUUGAAGAAAUGAAUGUAUUCUCUCAAAGCUAAAUCCACACCUGCUUUUCCCCAAUAAACAAAACCAC